AUGAAAACAACAAAUCUGGCCUUCCUGUCAGGCCUGGUCUCUCUCACAGCGGCAGACGCCCUCCCGCCACAAGACGUGCCCAUCCAAUGCGCGACGAUAUGCGGGCCCAUCGUGGAACUGUCGUCGAAAUGUACGCCUGUGAAUUCGCAGGGAAAUUCGGUGGGCGACUCGAAGAACGGUACGGGCAGCGUGUGGGUUGGCCGACGACAAGCAGAUACAAGUAUAGAUACAGCAGAGGACGAGAUGGGCGAUUGUGACGGCGUGGAAGACGAGCUGGACAGACGGUUCUUCACGAUAGUGCCGGCGCCGACGUCCUUUGCCGCAAAAUACUCGUCUAUAUUGAAUGCCGAGCCUGAUGGUCUUACUCUCGAGCAAGCAAAUACACCUACACGAAUAACACCCGUCAUUAUCAGGACGUCAAAUCCCUCGCCUCCUCCUCCGCCGCCGCCGCCGCCGCCACCGAUUCCCCCAACGCCAACAUCUCAGCGUAGACAAAUAUCGAUACCUACUUCCAUUGCAGCGCCUACACCAUCGCACUCCAGCACGAGUCAGAGUCAAAGUCAGAGACAGCCACCCCAAAGUACAAUGAGCCUCAUGGAAAAUCCCGCCAACACAGGCGGAACAUCUAUGAGCGGUGAAGAACAGUGCGUCUGUCUAAACAAGAGCUUUGAUGUGCAGCGGGUGGCGGCCCUGUGUACGAGUUGUAUUAUCCAGGCGGGGGAUCCAGAUACAAAUAUGCAUGUCGUCAUGUCGGUCUGCGAGUUUCAAGAGCUGAAUUACACGGCUCGCGAUGACAGUAUCGUGGAUAAUAUCCGUGUUUCGGCGACAAGGCCGUCGGCAGUUUGGGGUCAUAAUGCGGGUGUUUCGAAUGGUGGAUGCGGUGCACGGGGGAUUUGGGAUGUGAGAAUUGUGAUGUGUGGGUUGAUAGGGAUUCUUUUGGUGGUGAUGUGA